GCAGGUUCCUGCCGCUGACCGGGAAGUUCGCUCUCUACUUCAAGACGACGCUCAGCGGGGAAUAAAGGACCCACCGGAGGGAAGACCCACCGGAGGAGCCAGCGGAGGAUUAAAAUUGCUAUUUGACGCGGGCUGUUUUCUGUUUUCUUUUACAUUGAGGCUAUUGCAACCGCUCUGGGUUCUGGUCUCUGAUUGUGGUUUUGAUGAUGCUCCAGCUCACCUUCGGGUUGCUGCCUGACUGAUGCGGAGGCUGCCUCCGGACCGCGGCUCCUCUCUGCACAUAUUUGGAGUUAUUUGACCGUCGGGUAAACAUCACAUCCAGGUCAAAUGACCGUCUGCUGUCCGAGCCGAGUGUGACGAGCCUCACUGUGACAUGGAGACACCGGGACUCUGCGGCUUCCUCUAUUACUGCUCUCUCUGUGUGUUCUGUGCAAAUGCUGCAUUUACUGAGGUCCCUAAAGAUGUGAGUGUGGGGGAGGGAGAGGAUGUGGAGAUGCCCUGCGCCUUCAAAGCUGUCAGCUCGGCGCCCAUGUCUCUGGAGAUCCAGUGGUGGUACCUGAAGGAGGACAUGCCUAAGGAUGUGCCCCAUGAGCUGCAGAUCAGCGCCCCGGCCAACAGAGCCAAGGUUGCUCCGAGGGAAGCCACAAAAAUAAGUACUGUGCGUGUGCAGGGCAACGCCAUCUCCCACCGCCUCAGUCUGUCCAAGGUGAAGAAGGAAGACGAGGGGGUGUACGAGUGCCGUGUGUCUGACCUGUGGGCCGACGAGACUCAGGAAUUUACGGUCCACGCCGCGCUGCGCGUCAUGCCAGGUGACGGCAUGGUGGCAGAGGAGGCCGUGUCGCACAUCCAGAACCGCUGGCCGCUGAGGAACGCCAACACGGCCCUGGGGGCGGGUGCGGCAGGGAGGGCCACCUCAGAGCCCAGCCAGGACCUGGCGGGAGGUCCGAGGCUAGGGCAGGGGAAGCAGCGGGUGCAUCAGCCCGGACUCCUCCCCUCCAUCUCCUCCACCACCACCACCUCGGUGGCCAAGUCGUCGGCCUCGCCACUGCCAGGGAACGCAGCCAUCCUCCGCCAGCAGCACGGAGCGGGCUGCAGCGUGAUGAGCACCAUGGACCCCCUCCUCUGCAUCACUCUCCUGUUCCUGCAUAAGCUCCUCCCCUUCCUGUUGGCCCACUGAACAGACUUUAACCAAAAUUAUGUUGACCUGCAACAUUCUCACUUUCUAUACCAAACAGAAACCAAGCAGCAGUCAGUGCCCACAGAAGGAGAGAGGCUCACAUUAAAUGGAUGUAUGCCGCUGCAACACGUCACUGCAGAGAGUGAGAGCAACACAACACCUGACGGAGGAGACCAGGUAAA